CAAAGCACCAGCGACAGAAAAAGCACACAACUAGCCCCAACGACCACGCAGUUUCUACUGCGUUCAUCCUAGCCACACGCAACUCGCAGCGACACCAGCUGCGCCAGGAGAUACGGAAAGCAAAUUUCCCCACAGCAUACUCCAUCUUUGCCAAGAAACUACCAGCGCCACUGAACAUAUACCACCCCAGCAACUACGUACUACUCGCCAAAUGGCUAACGAUUAAGGACGGGCGAAAAAGAGAACGCACGCACGACCUAGACGUCCUGUCGUUACGCCGCAACG